CUUUUUUGUUUUGCUGCUUUAACAAUUGACCACUUUAUUAUCCACCAAUUUUUUUAUUUGUCCACUCAACAGAAAAAUGUCCAAGCGUCAACAGUUAAGAGUCCAAUCUGAGCUCAAAAACGUUGUCAACUCAAGAGCUAAUAAAAACCAAUGUGCUGAAUGUGCCUCCUUAUAUCCUACCUGGGCCAGUUGGAACUUGGGUAUUUUUUUGUGUGCAAGAUGUGCUUCUUGCCAUAGAAAACUAGGUAGCCAUUUAACAAAGGUUAAAAGUCUAACCUUGGAUAAUUGGUCUGAAGAACAAGUUAUGAAUUUGAAAAAAAUUGGUAACAAAAAUUCAAAUAAAAAAUGGAACCCCAGAAAGAUCCCAUUUCCCUAUGAUGACGAUGAUACUAAAGAUAUUGAGAAAUAUUUUAGAGACAAAUAUAUUCUUAAAAAAUAUAUGUUUGAACCAACUGGUUCGAAAUUUGAAACCUUUGAUGAAUUUCAGAAUCAAAGAGACACUUAUUAUGAUCAAUAUAAUAAUUCAAAUUCAAAGAUUAAAAAUAAAAAAUUAAAAAGUUCAAACAAUUUACCAAAAUUAUCUCAUAGAAAGAUAUCAAAUUUUGAAAAUUCUUUAUAUUCAAAACAUGCAGAUUAUUUUGUUAAUCUAGGUUAUAAAAAAGAUCACGCAAUUGAAGCAAUCAUUUUAGCUCAAGGUGAUAAUGAUUUAGCUUUAGAGAUCUUAAAUGAAGACAACUCUAUGAAUGAUUUGGAUGCCUCUAAUAAACUUAUAUCAACAAGAAAUUACAGUGAUUAUUUAAGCAAUAAUAAAAAUUAUUCAAAUAACAGUGAACAAGAUGAGGAUGCUCCUCCCUUACCAAAAAGAGCUGCUGACAUCUCAAAACCCACAACAAAUAAAUCUUGGUGGAACGAUGACGACGAUAAUGAUGAUAAUUUAUUAAAAGAAGAUGACCCUAAACCUGCUGUUUUUGAUGGGACUUCCGAUUACAACGCUUCCACAGCUUCCACAAAUCCUUCAUCAAAUGGCCAAAACUCAAAUCAAUAUCAACAAUACUUGGACCCAACAACUGGAAUUGUUUAUAUGGACCCUUCAAAACCGAUUCAACCUCAAAAUCAACAAUUUCUUCAACCACAAAUACAACCUCAACCUCAACAACCUCAACAACAACAAAUGUUUCAGGUUCAACAAACUGGUUUCCCAAAUCAACAAUUGUUUUUCCAACAGCAAAAUCCACAGCAAGUAAAUAAUAACUCGAUAUUAUCAUUGUAUAAUCAGCCCCAAGCUCAACCACAAACAGUUCAAAAUACUUUUGCAAACUUGAAUCAAACUCCAUCUCAACUUCAACAAAACCUUACUUUAAACCAAUUACAACAACAGCAACAGAUUGCAUUAGGAGCAAAUCCUAUGGCUUUCAGCAUUCAACAGCCUCAACAACAACCUUUUUAUCAACAACCUCAGCAAGUUCUGAUGCCCGUAACUGGGAACAUAAUGUACACAGGAAUGUUCCCGAAUACUGCAGGCUUCUAUCAACAAUAAUUUAGAAUAAAUCAAUUCACCUUCAAGGAUGCUCUAUACUCCAUUUAUUUCUCUGUUUUUUGUUUUCCUUCGUUUUUUC